CCAUUUUGUUGCCCGCUAUGGCGGCGGUGUAGAGGUUGGGCCCGGGAUGCGGCGCGUUUGACUGAGGGGGUAGGCCAGGCGGAGACAUCGGGGACAUCGUCGCGGCGCAGAAGAGGACCAGCCUGGACGCCGGGGACGCUGUCAUGUACGGCGCGACCGGAGGCCGCGCCAAAACCGAGAGGAAAAGCGGCGCGAAGGAGGAGGCCGGGCCGGGCGGUGCCGGCGGUGGGGGGAACCGAGUGGAGCUGCUGGUCUUCGGCUAUGCCUGCAAGCUAUUCCGAGACGACGAGCGGGCCUUGGCCCAGGAGCAGGGACAGCACCUCAUCCCCUGGAUGGGGGACCACAAGAUCCUCAUCGACAGAUAUGAUGGGCGCGGUCACCUGCAUGACCUUUCUGAGUGCGAUGCUGAGUAUUCCACAUGGAACAGAGAUUACCAGCUCUCUGAAGAGGAGGCACGAAUAGAGGCCCUGUGUGAUGAAGAGAGGUAUUUAGCCUUGCAUACGGACUUGCUUGAGGAAGAGGCAAGGCAAGAGGAAGAAUACAAGCGGUUGAGUGAAGCGCUGGCGGAGGACGGGAGCUAUAAUGCAGUGGGAUUCACUUACGGCAGUGAUUACUAUGACCCGUCCGAACCAACAGAGGAAGAGGAGCCUUCUAAACAGAGAGAAAAACACGAGGCUGAAAAUUUGGAGGAAAACGAGGAGCCUUUCAUUGCCCCUUUAGGACUGAACGUGCCGUCUGACGUGGAGCUGCCACCAACAGCCAAGAUGCAUGCCAUCAUUGAGCGCACGGCCAACUUCGUGUGCAAACAGGGUGCACAGUUUGAAAUAAUGCUGAAGGCCAAACAGGCCCGAAACUCUCAAUUUGACUUUCUACGCUUUGAUCACUACCUCAACCCCUACUACAAAUUCAUCCAGAAAGCUAUGAAAGAAGGACGGUAUACGGUACUGGCAGAAAACAAAAGUGAAGAGAAGAAGAAGUCGGGGGUCAGCUCUGACAAUGAAGAUGACGAUGACGAGGAGGGCGGAAGUUACCUGCACCCAUCCCUCUUCGCUUCCAGGAAGUGCAGCCGCCUGGAGGAGCUCAUGAAGCCUUUGAAGGUGGUGGACCCAGAUCACCCCCUUGCGGCCCUGGUCCGUAAAGCCCAGGCCGACAGCCCUGCCCCCACUGCACCCACGGCAGAUGGCACGGCCGUGCAGCCCUCCCAGGUGGAGUACACCACUGACUCAACAGUGGCAGCCAUGUACUACAGCUACUACAUGCUGCCCGAUGGCACCUACUGCCUGGCACCUCCCCCUCCAGGGGUUGACGUAGCCACUUACUACAGCACCCUGCCUGCCGGGGUGGCCGUGUCCGGCUCCGCUGGAGUGACAGCCACGGCCCCGCCCCCUCCAGGGACCACGCCACCGCCCCCCCCAAGCACAGCAGAGACGAGUAGUGGGGUGACCUCCACCACCAUCACCACAAGUGCACUUGCUUCCGUGGCCGCCAUCAUCCCCCCGCCCCCCGACAUUCAACCUGUGAUUGACAAGCUGGCAGAGUACGUGGCCAGGAACGGCCUUAAGUUUGAGACCAGCGUUCGUGCCAAGAAUGAUCAGAGGUUUGAGUUCCUGCAGCCGUGGCACCAGUAUAAUGCCUAUUAUGAGUUUAAGAAGCAGUUCUUCCUCCAGAAAGAAGGGGGCGAAAGCGCACAGGCUGUGUCAGCGCCGGAAGAGGCUCCUGCAGAGUCUGCUCCUGAAAAGCCGAGUGACGUUGGGGAGGAUAGUGCGUCUGAAGACGUGGCCGACGCAGGGGGCAGAGGUGGCUCCUCGGGGAAGAAGGAGGCGUCGUGCAGCAAAGCCGUCCCCGACGGGAAGCUGGUGAAAGCUUCAUUUGCUCCAAUAAGCUUUGCAAUCAAGGCCAAAGAAAAUGAUCUACUUCCCCUGGAAAAAAAUCGUGUUAAGCUAGAUGAUGACAGUGAUGAUGAUGAAGAAAGCAAAGAAGGCCAAGAAAGUUCUAGUAGUGCUACAAACACUAACCCGGCAGUUGCCCCACCCUGUGUAGUUGUUGAGGAGAAGCGGCCUCAACUUACCCAGGAGGAACUAGAAGCAAAGCAAGCAAAGCAAAAGUUGGAGGACCGACUGGCAGCUGCUGCCAGGGAAAAGCUUGCCCAGGCGUCUAAGGAAUCAAAGGAGAAACAGCUUCAAGCAGAACGUAAAAGGAAAGCGGCUUUAUUUUUACAGACCUUAAAAAAUCCUCUGCCAGAAGCAGAAGUCGGGAAAGUGGAAGAAAAUCCUUUCAACGUAGAGGAAGCCAGUACUGUGUCCUGCCCUCUAAUGGCCGGAGGCAGACCUCUGCCCACUUUAGACAUUAAGCCUCCAGAAGGGCGCUCAAGCAAAAGCAAAGACCCGCCGAGAGAAGAAGAGAGAGAGAGGAAAAAGAAAAAGCACAAAAAACGGUCGCGAACAAGAUCACGCUCUCCCAAGUACCAUCCGUCAUCCAAGCCCAGGUCUAGAUCCCACUCGAAAGCAAAGCAUUGUCUCCCCAGUGCCUAUCGGACAGCACGGCGCUCGAGGUCCCGGUCCCGGUCCCCUCGGAGACGAGCGCACUCCCCCGAGAGACGGCGGGAGGACAGGAGUGUCCCGACCGCCUACCGAAUGAGUAACAGCCCUGGAGUCAGCAGGAAGCGGACCCGGUCCAGGCAUCUGACUUCAGGACGUCUGCCGAGAAGAAGCCCGCAUGAGAAGAAGAAGAGGCGCUCACGGUCGCGGGCCAAGUCCAAGGCCGGCUCCCAGCCAGCCUCCCCGAGCAAGCCGGCCGCGCGCCGGCACUCGGCCAGCACCUCUCCCGUGGGGAGUCGGGGCUCCAGCCAGGAGCGCUCCAGGGGAGUUUCUCAGGAAAAAGACGGUCAGAUCUCCUCAGCAAUUGUUUCUUCCGUGCAGAGCAAAAUCACUCAGGACCUCAUGGCCAAAGUAAGAGCGAUGCUCGCAGCUUCCAAAAACAUGCAGACCAGUGCCUCCUGAGAUUCGGCCGUGGGCGACCGGGCCUGGGGCCCCAGGAGCUGGCAGAGCAGAGAGCCCCGUCCUGCACGGACCAUCUCGCUGGGGCUCCUGCACGGUUGGCGGGUUUUGUAAAUUAAUUUUUGAUGACAUUUUAGGUUUAAGAUUUUUGACCAGCAGUCUCUUACCUGUAUAUUUGUAAAUAAUAUCCUGUUUCUGUGAAAAUGUAUUAUCAAAUAAAAUGGGAGGAAAACACCUUUUCUAGCUA